AUGUCUCACUUCAACCCUGCCAUGUUGACUGCCUCUCCGGAGCCUGAGACUCCUCCGUCGCCUACUCAUGACCAACUGAUGAUGGAUGACCCUGUCCCAGAGGAAUCACCCGCCGAUCACAUCAAUCAUGCAUGGAGCCUUAUCUGUGAGACUCUGCAUUCAUGUGCACUGACUGUGCCUGAUGCAAAGGAGGAACUCCUGGAGGACCAGGAGAUUUGGAUGCGCGAUUGGUGCGCUGUUUUGGAACAAAUGAAUGAGUGCUUCGGCUGCAUGCAGGAUGCGCAGGUCGAAUUGACAUUGGAUGAGCAAGGCACUGAAGCUCUGGAGGACGGGAAGAAGGAGUACCAUAAGUUAGAUAAGUUGGUGAAGGAGAGGAAGGUGAAGGUAUCCGAGUCGCUGUGCGAGAAAUCUGUCGCGCCCACUAACGAUGCGAAGGCACCGGUGCCCACUGAGAAAGAGGCAUCGGUUGCUGAUACUUGGAAGGAAGUCACUGACAUGGGUGUGCCGCGAUUUGGCGGCCGCAUGUCUACCACCAGAGAGAAGUGCAUGUGCUGCCAGAAGUGUCUUGGACUAUGUGACAGAUUGUCUGGUGUCCAAUGCUCAUACUGCGUCGGCAUCAAGCAAGGAUGUUCAUUCUCAAAGAAAACUGAGGCCAAGACCAAGCCGCAGGCCAGGACACGUGCUGUGCUGCCGCACGGUGCUGCUCCUUCAAAGAAGGUGUGCACAGAAUCUAUGAGUUCAGCUCAGCCGACCGUCCCCAUCACCGCUAAUGACGGCAAUACUUCGGGUGAGGAGUCGGAAGUGGAGAUGCAGGUGGAGAUUCAGGACAGAUCGGGUGAGAAGGGGGCAGAAGAUGUUGCAGGUGAGGAGAACUUUGUCAUCCAACACCUAGUCUGCUAUACUUGUGGAACAAGUGCGUUUGACCCUAAAGGGGAAGCUAGUGCAGCAAAGGUCUAG